AACUUACAUGCGUUAGUAUACAACUUAACAUGUCAAAACAAACGUACGUUGUAUUUCUAUAAAUGUGUAUUUGGAGGUAUAAAACAAACAGAGCUACAAGUUAUGUAUUUUAGCCUCUACAUUUAAAUGACUGUGCAAGCUAUAACUUUUACGAUGACUACAAUCUCAGUUUAUCUAUUUUGUUAUUGUUUUCUUUACUUCUCGUGUACGUUCGCCGAAGGAAGAUAUAAGCGCCAAGCAAUAAAUGUGACGGAACUUGAUGUUACCAUUGUCAAAAGUAUUGACAAGGAAGCUCGGAAGCAGCUGAUGUUCCUGAUAGCAGAUCGAUUGAAUGAUACUGUAUCUACGCAAUCUGAUUUGGCUGGAAACUGCCAAAGUAAAUUAAACGGUACAAUAGAUGGAUGUUCUACGUGUAAAGCAGAUCUCUGUACUAAUAUAGAAAUUCCAUCUUUAUCUGAGGCAGUGUUAAGUAAAAUAUCAGUAGGCAAUUACCGUCCGAUUACCUAUGCCGGAGAGGUUUUAAAGGAAAUUGCACAAUGGGCAGUCGGAGCUAAAGACUUCUUGGGAGAUCGAUUGGGUCCGUUUCUAAAUAACAUAGGAGAUGAUCUGCUAGAAGUUGCUAAGGUGCUUAUAAAAGGUGGAAAAUAUAUAGCAUCCCCCGCCGCUGAUGCGUUUAAGUCACUUGGAAGAACAAUUGGGAAUGCCGGAAGGGAGAUAAUUCAAGCUAUUAGUGGUGAUGUUACCAAUGUUAUAGGCGAUAUAAAGGGGCUCAUUGGUAAGCCUUUCGAAGACUUUGAAAAUGCAUUGAAAACAGUUCGCCAGACAAUAUCAGAAAAAGCACCUGUCGUUUUAAAUACUAUCAAAGAUGCAGUCUUACCUGUUUGGGAGAGGACACUGGGAAAACUUUUCAGGAGAAAACGUUGUGUAUCAUCUUGUCCAUCUUGUAACAAAUUAGACAUUAAAAAAAACACUAUAAGCCAGAUCAUUGAUUCAGUUUGUGGUUCAGAUACAACAAAACAAAAGAAAGAAGCAAUGGCCGAAAUAACAUUUCUAAAAGACCUGUACAAUAAAACAAAAGACAACGAACAGAUAACAAAGAUUGAGUAUGAUUUGUCUACCGCUGAACCGGAUAGUCCAAAUCAGGUUUACAUGGACUCCUUUUUCACAAUCGGAGGGAAACAGAUGCAAUUGAUGGCUGGUGUCCUAAACAUUUCAUCACCAGACGAGACAGGGAUGUCAAUAGCACAACAGUUUUUCGCUACAGAAAUAGCUAAUAGACAAUCAAGCACGACAGUCUAAUGACUGGAGUAAAUUUGAUGAAACACAAACGACACCUUCGUAUCAUAAUCCCUCAUACAAUUCUUUUAAAUAAAAUAUUGGAUUUUA